AUGCCCCCCCUCCCGACCUUCCUGUACGUUUUGCAGACAUGCUUGUUCUUAAGUGAGAAAGCCCAAGCCUGGGCGAAGAAGCGCAGAACACCGACAUCGAUGUUCGGCACACCAGCAUAUGCAUGCUGUGUGAGGUACCAACUCCUCCUCGGGGUAUUUGAAAUGAUAAGCGCCGAUCUCUUCGAGAAGAGUGCUAGCUCUCUACGGGAGUGGUGGCUGAGCACACGCGUGCGUCAAUGGUUCGAAGAUAAAGGAUACUUCCUCUACUAUCCUUUGGUGGUGAAGGGAGCGUCCUCAGAUUUUCUCGUACCGUCCAUGGACUUUGAUCAAGGCAGAGUUUUCUACGCACAGGAUUCCGAAGCCCGACAUGUUUUCAUACGGGCUUUCAAGAUAGGCAGCCCCCAACUGAAUAUUUACAAGUUUCUGAAUGGGAAGCAAAACCAAAGCGGCUUCUUUGAUGGUAUCAUACCGAUCCUCGAGUUCUUGGAACUGGACGAAUAUUGUUUUGUGGUCAUGCCUAGAUGGGGACGUGCCUCUUCUUGGGAAUGCACGUUGCGUAGCAAUCUCACCUUCAUACAUUUCCUACUGAAAGGACUUGCCUUUCUCCACGAGAACAAUAUUGUCCAUCGAAACCUAGACAUAGACAAAAUCGCCGCCAAUCACAUCAUAAACCCAAAGUUGCCAGCUAUGAACGAGGCUCGUCGGGAUCUCCAGCAUGCUGGGAAGCUUGUGCCGGCUCUCAUAGACUUUGAUCUCGCCAUCCAGUUCAGUCCGGAUUCCUCUCCGAGCAGUCGUUUACUUCCCCGCCGCAUGGCUCAACGAAUUUCCGUCCAGCGGGAUUUAUCCCAAGGCGAGUACCGGUAUGACCCCUUCGCAUACGACGUAGAAGCCAUGGGAUAUAUGCUCUGUGCUCAAUUCCAGCACCUAACUCCAGACCUCCCGAUGCUUGCGCCCCUCUUGGAUCGCAUGAUCACUCGGGACAAGCAGAAACGCUUCACUGCCUCUGAAGCCUUUCGGUUCUUCCAAGACAUGGCUGCCAGGCCGGAUGUUGCACGGGGACACGACAUGGACGUGCGUUUGGACGAUUUGGUGGGGUUUACGCCUGCGAAUCGAGAACAUUAUGAGGAUUAUGACCGGUGGGAGGGGCUUCCUGAGAGUUUUGUGGACGCGUAUGGCCCGGAGUAUAGGGAGCUGCCGCCAUUGCAGAAGACCAGGUUCCUCCGCUCGGUUUGUCGGUCUCUGAUUGGGUUUUGGUGUGUGCUGGUGAUUCGGCUGGUGGUAGAUGCUAUACGGUUUGUGUUUGGGUUCUUGACCCGUUCCCUCAUUGGAGGUAUAGGAAACAAGAACGAAAUUUAG